CGGGCCCCGCCGCGGACCCCCCGAGGGAGGGGCUGCACUAAGGCGCGGGGUGGCCGCACGGAGCCGCCAGAAGAGCGCGGAGGCGCCGCCCGGCCCGGGAGCACGGCGGCGGGGCGAGCGGGGCGGCGGAGGGGAGCCGAGCCGAGCCGGGCGGCCGGUCGGUCGGCGCGGCGGGGCCAUGCCGGGGGCCGCCCCCGCAGCCCGCCGCCUCUGGCUCUGCGCGGCCGUGCUGGGGUGCCUGGCGGCGGCGAGGCCCCGCCGGCGAGUUCUUGAAUGCUCUCCUGGUGGACAUCAGAUCCUGCAGAGCCCUUACCGAAGCAUUGAUUUUGAUUCAUCCCACCUCCAGCAAUCAGCUAUUCAGGAUUUAAUAUGUGACCAUUCCCUAACACCAGGAUGGUAUCGCUUUAUGAUUUUUGACAAGCCUGCUGAGAUGCCGACCAAGUGCGUGGAGAUGAAUCACUGUGGUACUCAAGCCCCUGUCUGGUUGUCUCUGAGGGAGUCAGAAUCCAUGCCUGGACCCGGUGAGAUCAAACAGUUAACGGCUUGUGCUACAUGGCAGUUUUUCUUCAGCACUUCAAAAGACUGCUGUCUUUUCCGAAUCCCUGUCAGUGUGAGGAACUGUGGAAAUUUCUUUGUUUACUUACUGCAGCCCACCCAAGGAUGCAUGGGGUAUUGUGCAGAAGUUCUUUCAGAUGCAAGGCCACAGACCUGUGAUCCUGAGGGAAUGGAAGUUCAAGGCGUCUGUAGCAGUAACCUGGCUCCUUCAUCAUCUCCAUCUGUGUCACCACUGCUACCAGCCAUUCCUGAAGUUGUAGCGGAGCUGAUCGAAGGCAGCAUUUACCUAAGGUGUACCUUUGGCGUUCCUUUUGCAAACAGCUCAGUCGGAUUCAUUGUCACUUGGUCAAGACUUUCUCCUGAAGGUAUCAAAGAAGAACUGAAACAUGAAACUGCAGUUCAUACGUUCUCACUUCUAGAACUAGAUGGGAUAAACGUCAGACUUGGAGACAGAGUCUAUUGUAGCAGUUCUGCUUUUUUCAUGGAGAAGCCGGAUAUACAAAGCUCUUCUGUUGAGAGCAAGGAAUUUUUUGCUGGCAUUAAGAUACAUACAGAAACAUAUGAUAUAUCAGAAGAUGGGAAGGAAUACAGACUGACAAUAGAAAGUAGCAUUCCUGUUCCUUGUCCUGAGUUUAGCCAGCUUGAAAGUGACUGCAAAAUCUCACUAACAUUAAAUACUGUUGAUGAAGGUAAAGAGCAGUUAGGUUUAAACUUGGCUCUUUCUUCUUGUCAUGUGGAUCUUCUCCAGAAACCCUGCAAUAACGGAAUCUGUAGUCAAGCUGUAAUUUAUUUCACUGCUGUGACAGACUUUAUGCAGGAUGGAGACAGGAUUACCAGAAUUGCAGUCGAACCUAUAUCCAGUGAGAAUUUCCUGUGGAAUGGCUAUGUUCCAGAAGGCACACAGAUUACAGUAAAGGAUCUUCCCACUGCCUACUGCUACUCAUUUACUGACCCUCAUAUAAUUACAUUUGAUGGAAGACUCUAUGACAAUUUUAAAACAGGAACAUUUGUUCUCUAUAAGAGUACAUCUCGAGAUUUUGAAGUUCAUGUUCGCCAGUGGGACUGUGGAAGUCUUCGCUACCCAGCAUCCUGUAACUGUGGCUUUGUUGCCAAAGAAGGAAGUGAUAUAAUUGCAUUUGACAUGUGCAGUGGUCAGCUACGUCAGUCACAGCCACACUUAUCUGUAAUAAACAGAGACACAACAGGAAGCAAUGUCAGAAUCACUGAAUCCUACCUGGGAAGAAAAGUAACAGUUUUGUUUUCUUCUGGAGCUUUCGUUCGUGCUGAUGUGAAUGAAUGGGGAAUGAGCAUAACACUUAGGGCACCCAGUUCAGAUUACAGACAUACAAUGGGACUCUGUGGCACCUUUGAUGGAAGUGCAGAGAAUGACUAUCACACUGCAAGUGGGGUGGAAAUCCCAAACCAUGCUAAUGUUCCUUUUUCUUUUAUUAAGGAAUGGAGAAUUUCACCAGGAGCUAGCUUGUUUGACAAGACACCUGCUUCUUUAACAUCAUCUAGAAAAAUAGUCUUCUGUGACUGUGCACUUGAAAAUACUAGAUUAUAUCGCUCAGUGAAUAAACUAGAGACAGUUUCUCAGUCAGAACUUCCUCUGUAUUGUAAAGAAAGUGAAAAUGGUAGAUUUCUUUCUUUGAUACCAGGACUGGAUGUCACUGCUGAGUUUCUUGGUCCUGUCGAUCUUGUCAGAGGCUUAAAGAAACGUUCAUCUGCACAUGAAAUGGAUUCAUCUACACUUCUGCAGAGGGAGGAUAAUCAAACCGAACUUCACAAAACAUCACUAGUAAAUACACGUGUCUCUGCAACCUCAGUGGGAAAUACUGGUGUAGGAAGAAAAGGAACUUCAGGCUCAGGCAUUAGAAGAGAUUCUCACCGUUACAGUAGUCAUCUUCAUGAAAGUCAGUCUGUUACAAGUAGGGGGAAGCGCCAAAAUUAUUAUGAAUACCAUCCAGCAUUUCUAUUCCAAAGUCUUAGCCAAACAGACUUAGAGGGAUAUAGUUAUUUUUUCCCAGAGGACCAUGCCACUGACACAGACCAAAAGUUUCUUCCUUCUUGGCCCACACCUUCUGGCCUCACUGAAUCUAGCACUUUGUUACUAUGCCAGCAGGCAAUAGCUAAUUCCAGUAUAGGAAGAUCUUGUGGUGGCCUUCUUGGCCGGCGAAUAGAGGAUGCGAUCAAUAUGUGUGUUAAAGAUUUGCUGCUGAAAGAUGACCUCAGUUGGGCAGAAGCUUCCUUAGCUCUUCUAGAGAAUGAAUGUGAGAAAAGAGUUUUAGAAGAAAUAAAUUACAACCAACAGGAACUUGAAGGGUCGGUUGAGAGCCUACUUAUUGCAUUAAAGUGUCCCAGUCUCUGCAGUGGUAACGGGGAAUGUACAGAAUGGGGCUGUGCAUGUUUUCAAGGCUAUAGUUCAUAUGACUGCAGCAUACUGUCUGACCAGGCUCCAGAAAUUACAGAGCUGGAGAAUGCUGGGCUGUGCAAUAUUCGACAGUAUGACUGCACAUCAGUAAGAGCUUUUGGACAUGGCUUCAGGGAGUCAUUGAAUCUGAAAUGUGAAAUUAUCAAAUUACAGUAUAGUGAUAGACAAUGGAUUCCUGGAGAACCUCUAACUAUGCCAGCUGCCUUCCAAAAUGCCAGGACUGUCGACUGCCAGUUACCAAAUGAUGGCCAGCAGUCUGAUGUCAUGGAUCUGGUUGAUGAAAAACCCAUUGCCAAGUGGCAAAUAAAGAUUUCUAAUGAUGGAUUCAUUUAUAGCAACUCUAAAACAAUGAUAUUAUAUGACGGAGCCUGUCAAGCAUGUGAACCACAGGAAUCUGGGUUGUGUGCAUUAAGGGAGAAAACAUGCAACAUAGAUGGACUCUGUUACGGUGAAGGUGACACAAAUCCAACCAGCCCUUGCUUACUCUGCAGACCUGACAUAUCAAAGUUAACUUGGUCAGUUGUUGAAAACAACCAGCCUCCAGUGCUUGAAACUUUUCAGGGUAUGCUACAGACUUUUUAUGGAGAAGAUUUUGUAUAUCAGUUUUUGGCUUCGGAUCCAGAGGGCUCUGCUAUUCAAUUCACAUUGGAUUCUGGUCCAGAAGGUGCCAGUCUUUCCCCAUCAGGUCUCCUUUUGUGGAAAGCUGUGUCAAUGAAUCUCCAGAAAAUUACAUUUUCUUUGACAGAUGACUGCAACGCAAAGACUAAGGUAGAAAUAGAGGUCAGUGUAAAAUCGUGUGAUUGCCUAAAUAAUGGCUCAUGUGUGACAAACAUUAAUUUCCCACCUGGAAGUGGAAGAUAUCUUUGUGUGUGUGUGGCUGGAUUUGAAGGUGAUCUCUGUCAAGUGAAUACUGAUGACUGUAAACUUAACCAGUGUGGUAUUGGCAGAUGUGUGGAUGGAAUAAACAGCUAUUACUGUGAAUGUCCGCCUGAACUUCAAGGUAAAAAUUGUCAAGAUGAUGUAGAUGAAUGUGUAUCCAGUCCUUGCUUCCCUGGAGUAUUUUGCUUCAAUACUUUCAGUUCUUACUAUUGUGGUCCAUGCCCAAAUAAUCUGCAAGGAGAUGGGAAGUCAUGUUAUGGAAGCUUUGAGGACACUAAUGUUGAAAGAAAGGAUUCCACAGGAGAAACUGGAGGGAAUAAAGGUUUUCAACAAUCAUCCUUUGAGAAGGUUUUAAGCAUCUCAGGCUAUAUUCCCAGUUCUACAGAUGUCCCUGAGAGAUUUAUUUCUACAGAAACAGUCAGUAGCAGCAAUCUGCUAGGCUCCACAGUAAAAACAAUCACCACUUGGAAGUCACUUAAUUCUCAGAGAAGUGCUUCUGUACAACCUGCUGUUACUGGAAACAUUGCUCAUGCUCUCAGCGCCAUCAGUGGUCACCUUGCUAACGUGGAGGAGAGUUCUUCAGUACAUGCUGUGAUGACCACAUCUUCAAGGAGCCAUGCUGUAUCACCUGAGAAGAAAACAAGGGCACAAGUUGAGGCCUACAGCUAUUUUGAGACCAGCAAGAAGACUUCUAGCAGCAGAACAAAUAUAAGCAAAGGGCUUUCUUUGCCAAGCAAAGUGUUCAAAGGUGGAAAUGCUCAGAGAGUUCAGCACCUAUUAGCCAAGCAUAAAGCGAGUCCUUUACCUUUUGCCCUUGUUGAAGUCACUGUCCCACCAAAAAUGCUUCCUGAAGAGCUGAGUGAAAUAGUGAUUCCUAAAGCAGUAACCUGUACCGAUUUACCCUGUUUUCCUGGUGUACCUUGUGAGCCAAGUCAGGAUGGAAGCAUCAAGUGUGGUCAUUGUCCUUAUGGUUAUUAUGGAGAUGGCUUCACUUGCAGAGCAAGAUGUAGAGAAACAUGUGGCAAAAAUAUGGAGUGUGUGGCACCCAAUAUUUGCAAAUGCAAGCCUGGUUAUGCUGGUUAUAACUGUCAGGCUGCUCUAUGCAGACCUGAUUGCAAAAACCAUGGGAAGUGCAUUAAGCCCAAUGUAUGUGAAUGCCUACCAGGAUACAGUGGCUCCACUUGUGAGGAAGCACAUUGUAAACCACCCUGCCAAAAUGGAGGCACAUGCUUGGCCAGAAAUCUCUGCACCUGCCCAUAUGGUUUUGUGGGACCAAGAUGUGAUACAAUGGUUUGCAACAGACACUGUGAAAAUGGUGGUGAAUGUCUUACUCCAGACAUCUGCCAGUGUAAACCUGGGUGGUACGGACCUACAUGCAGUACAGCAAUUUGUGACCCUGUGUGUCUCAAUGGUGGUUCGUGUGCUAAGCCAGAUGUUUGCCUCUGUCCACAUGGAUUCUUUGGUGCCCAGUGUCAGAAUGCUGUCUGCAGCCCGCCUUGUAAGAAUGGUGGUCAUUGCAUGAGAAAUAAUGUCUGUACUUGUCCUGAUGGGUACACAGGCAGAAGAUGUGAAAAAAGUGUCUGUGAGCCAAGAUGUAUGAAUGGAGGAAGGUGCGUAGGGCCAAAUGUUUGCUCUUGUCCUUCAGGAUGGAGAGGAAAAAGAUGUAACACUCCAAUCUGUCUUCAGGAAUGUAAGAACGGUGGGGAGUGUAUUGGACCGAGUACAUGUCAUUGUCUUCCGCAGUGGGAAGGAAUCCAGUGUCAAACACCUGUGUGCAACCAGAAGUGUCUGUUUGGAGGCAAGUGUGUAUUGCCUAAUGUAUGCUUUUGUCGUCCUGGUUAUACUGGAGUCCUCUGUGGGAAGAAAAUUCAGGUACAGAGGCAUCACGGUUGAAGAAAAGAAGUGUAUCAAUUAAAUUGCAAUGCUGCAUGGAUGUAUGAGACUUGAAAAUAGCAAGAGCAUUGAAGGCAAUUACAGAGUUUAUUUAAAUGAAAGGAAUAUCCAGAAGCAUUAUUUUAAAAGAUUCAUAUUGCCGUCAUGAAUUUUGACGAGCUUCAAAACAACAAUCUUGUAGUCAUUAAAACAUAUGUUUAUUUCUAUAAUUUUUUGCUACCUCAUGCACAAACCCCACAGCCUCUGAUUCUUCACUGGGCUCCCGGGUUUGAUGAAUGAUGCAACCCCAAAAUUCUGCAGUUUGUUGAUGUAGUCAACUGGACAAUGAGAUUUCCUUUGUGGGAACAAGAUUGUAAUAGCUGCUGAGUGACUCUAGGAAAGAACGCAGCAUUUCAUCACUUGUGAAUGGUACCUUCUGAUUUUAAACAUUGUUUACAUAUAUACUAUUUGGCUGCAUACAGAAGAAAAACCAGAACUAUUUUUUUCUUCUUUGUCUUGUAUUUAUGUCAGUCUGUUACAAUGACUAGCUAGUAGUGAGGAAAGAGGGGGAACUUAAACCAAGGCUUGGUUACUAACAGUGGAGACAAGGCCACAUGUCUUGUUAACAGGCAACCAGAUACAGAAUAAUUCUGGUUUAUCUACGGCAAGCCUUUGUAGCCAGGAGUCAGAUGCUGACUCUUCUGUUUUGACUUCAUUACUUAUACUGAGGAAGUACUGAAAGAUUUCUAUGUCUGUAAGACUUUUAUGCCCCUGUUUUGAGAUAGCAUUCAGUAAUAUGAGGAAAUUUUGUUCCUGAGUGUCUUAGAGAAAUUUGGCAAUGCUUUUAGCCAUGCUGAAUCUUAAAAUAGGAACUAAUAAGAGGAGGAAUUUGCUGUACAUCAUGUCAUCUGUAUACAUCAAACCAGGAAGUAUUUGUAAAAACGUCUUAGAGGAGUUUUUUCCAUUACCUAUUUCUCCAGUGAACUGUUAGCACCUACCAGCUGCCAGAUAGUUUUUGAACAAAUAAAAUUCCAGUUUUCCUGAAGUUUCCUACAGAGGACCACCAUCUUCUUCCCCUAGAGCUGCGAAAGACAUUUCAGUUCCUGCUGCAACCAGCUGAGCUCUGGUAAUAGAUACAAUCGUCCCUUUAGCUAAGCCAUUGAAGUUUACUGUUUUGUUUUGUUUUUUUUAAACCAAAAAUAAAUGUCAUGACUUCCUAUUCUCUUGAGCAAUACUCAAUUUACAUACACUAAUUCUGAAUGGGAAGAAAAUAGAGCUCAUUUUGCCAUUUACUGCCACUGUGGGAUGCUGAUUGCCAAAUCAUAGCUGUUAGCAGCUUUGUGCCUAGAUUUCUCCUCACCUUUUUGAUAGUCCUCUUAAGUCAUUUUGCAAAGUAAGCUGGCAUUUUGAGAAGUCAGCAUCAUUCCAGAAUGAUACCUGAUGGAUUUCCAAGUGCCUGACUGGUGUAUUUAAAAACUGUUUUCAAUUUCCCACUUGCAUUUUAGAUUUCAGUGUUUCCAUAGUUUCUUUCAGUCAAGCAUCCAAGUGGCUCAUAGCCUGAUCUUCUGGGAACUGUUCUCUUAUUUAAAACCUACUCCACUUGGAUUGUUUCCUUUCUCGCAGCUUGCAAAGAUCUCUGUGAACAAAACCUGACUAGCUAGUGGAACUGAUGCCUCAGGAUGAUGCUUUGAAUACACAAGAUUCUGAAAACGUUUUUAAAAUUUAAACACACCAAUAUCGCAUAAUCUCAUAUUGUAAUAACCCCAAUUCCGUGUGUCAGUUACAGAAGUGGUAUGCUAAAGAGAGAGAGAACAUCUGGCAGGAAUGCUGUUAAUAGUACUUUGGUUAAUAGGAUUUUGCAACCUUCCAUUCACAAAACUGAAUUUGAUAUAUAUAUAUGCCUUUCAAAGAUUUCAGGCUGAAUAAAGGGGUUUUUUUAAUCGUAA